AUGGAGCACAAGCACGAUCCCUUUACCUUCUACUUUGCAGAGUGCAACUGCGCCUACUGCAUGCGCCUUCUGACCAUCUCCUGGCUUUAUAACAUCCUCUACCAGCACAAAUGUUCCGCCCGCUAUGGCCUCUACUGCCCCUGCUUUGAGGCAUCAGAAGUUGCCCACGAUACGUCUCUGUGGACCACCUUGGACCCCUUGAGGCACAUGAGGAUUCAUAUCUGCCGCGGGUGCUCUUUUACGUCCCACUGCGCAAAGAUGCUCAAGGUGGCCGUCUGCGAGGAAUCCGAGACUGGAUACCAACUCGGCAACCCCUUUGCACCGACCAUCCUGGACAACGGCUUCCAAAACACCUUGCUGGAUGAAGGCCGGGUGCCGGACGGCUACCUCCGGGGCGAUGCGUGCAACUGCGAGCCUCAGGUGAGACCCUACAUCGGCGACGACGAGGGUCGUUCAGGCCUCUGUGCAGAGCCCCGUCUGGGCGGUGGCACCUAUGCAGACCUUUUUGGCUGCGCGGAGCUCUGUCAAGUGACUGCUCGCUGCGAGUUCUUGACGUACUGGGAAUCGACCGGCGAAUGCCGCAUCUACCGGGACUGCAACUGGGUCCUCUGCCAGAACGACUUCUGCUUCGAGUCCAACACCUACCGCAACGCACCGCUGGGGGACUACCUGACACUCCGCGGCUAUGUGCAGUACUUCUCCGUCUUCCCGCGGCGGUCUCUGCAAACCAACUUUGACGACUGCAAGUCCUGCCUUCAUCUCUAUGACGAAGUCCAUUGCUUCCACCAGUGUGGAAGUCCUGAGUUGGUGCCGUACCUGCACUGGCCUGCCGGUCAAGCAUGUGCAACAUGCAUCUUUGCGGGGAACAGGAUGCAUGAGAUGAACCUGCAGCAGCGUGAGCUGGUAAAGGAUUGCGUCUACCAGGCCAUCCGCAGCAGCCAGGACCCGUGGGUGGCAUGUGACGAGGUGGCUUUCGAGCAGUCCGGAUCCGUGGCUAUCGACCUCUUCAAUGGGGUGUCUACACACUUCCUGAGCGAGUGCCCAGGCCGUGGCUUCAAGGAUGUGGGAGCUGUCUGCGCGCCGAACCUCUACGCCAUGGAUGCCUUCCCCCUACAGGUUUUGUCUCGCAUGGCGGCCAUCGACGAUACCGUCUGGGGUGCAGAGCUGCAGUGCGUGAAUGCCGUGUGUGAAAUCGUCCCAGCCUGGAUGUGCUACGAGCGCUGGGUGGAGUGGCCCCUGAACGCCGAUCUCUCCGUCAAUUCGGCGAAGCUUCCAGAUCUGUCCUCCACAAACGUCAACGAAGUCCCGAUCGUUGGGUCUUCGUUCAGCCUCGAUGGUCAAAUCAUCCCCGGGUACAUGGAGCUGGACAAGGACCUCCAACAGUAUGUCGUCUCCGAUCCGAUCGACCUGGAGUUGGAGAACGCCACACUGGAAAGUUGGAUCCGACUCAGUGAGGUCGAGGAGAUCACCAACAUUGCAGCAUCCGUUCCUGCUACAGCCAGCUCAGAGUGGAGCGAAGACUACUUGCCAAAGUUCGCUUGCGACGGCAUCUUGACGACCUACUGGUCCUCACAAGUCGG